UUUUUUUUUUAAUAUCAUAGCUUUCUUGAUCUUCCGUGUUAAAAUUUUCUCGAACCAGAUCAUUAUAAAAAGGCCACUAAAGAUCAGCACCACGGCAUAUUCCUGAGAGUGAGGUUCACCACAAAAGCAAAAAAAAAAAAGAAGGGUUGUUGUUACAGAGUGGAAACAAGGAACUUCUAAAACAAGUUUAGAAGAUCGCAAGAAUGGUGACUUCAAUGGCCCCCAGAGUAGAGAGCUUGGCAAGCAGUGGGAUUCAGUCCAUCCCGAAGGAGUACAUUAGACCUCAGGAAGAGCUUACAAGCAUCGGUAAUGUGUUUGAAGAAGAGAAAAAAGAGGAAGGGCCUCAGGUUCCAACCAUUGAUUUAAAGGAAAUUGACUCAGAGGACACAGAGGUACGCGAGAGAUGUCGCCAGGAGUUGAAGAAAGCUGCCAUGGAGUGGGGUGUGAUGCACCUUGUUAACCAUGGGAUCUCGGACGAGCUCAUGGAACGUGUCAAGAAAGCUGGACAGAAGUUCUUUGAACUUUCUGUCGAGGAGAAAGAGAAGUAUGCCAACGACCAGGCUUCGGGGAAGAUUCAGGGGUAUGGCAGCAAGCUAGCUAACAAUGCUAGUGGUCAGCUUGAGUGGGAGGACUACUUCUUCCAUCUUGUGUAUCCCGAGGACAAGAGAGACUUGUCCAUCUGGCCUCAAACACCAAGCGACUACACCGAAGUCACAAGUGAGUACGCAAGGCAACUCCGAGUCCUUGCGAGCAAAAUUCUUUCGGCACUAUCACUUUGCUUAGGAUUGGAAGAAGGAAGGCUAGAGAAGGAAGUUGGUGGAUUGGAAGAGCUCCUUCUUCAAAUGAAAAUCAAUUACUAUCCCAAAUGCCCUCAACCAGAACUCGCUCUCGGUGUGGAAGCUCACACAGAUGUAAGUGCACUUACCUUCAUUCUCCACAACAUGGUCCCUGGCCUGCAACUUUUCUACGAAGGCAAGUGGAUCACCGCAAAAUGUGUUCCAAACUCCAUCAUCAUGCACAUUGGUGACACCAUCGAGAUCCUCAGCAAUGGUAAGUACAAGAGCAUUCUUCACAGGGGUCUGGUUAACAAGGAGAAGGUUAGGAUCUCAUGGGCAGUUUUCUGUGAGCCGCCAAAGGAGAAGAUCAUUCUCAAGCCACUGCCAGAGACUGUGUCCGAGACGGAGCCUCCGUUGUUCCCUCCUCGCACCUUUGCUCAGCAUAUUCACCACAAGCUGUUUAGGAAGACCCAGGAUGGCCUGUCUAAUUGAGGCUAGUCAUUAGUUAAAUUAAAAAUAUCUUCUUGUUUUUAACGUCUUUAUAAGCUGUUUACGGGUCUGGUGAUGCUAUAUUAUCUUGGGUUAAACCUUUGGUUGUGGUAGGCUGAUGCCGGGGUGGUGUCUGUCUUUCACUCCUUGGCUUCUCUUUACCUGCUUUAUUGAAUAAUGGCAGACUGAUUUGCUUCCUUGUGUUAAGCAGUUUGUGAAUUAAUGGUCUUUGUUUACAUUUCUUUCCUCAA